CAGAGUCCCGCGGAGCUUUCUGCACAUCAAACUCGACUUGUCCUCCCACAGGCGCAUCUCGGCCAACAUCAGUUGCGCACAUCUUUGUCCUCGCUCUGUCGAACAAGAGACCGGCCAUUGCCUCUAUUGUCUCUCAUCUUCCACUGACCGUCCUCGCCAUCUUGCCUCCUCCCCCGCAACAUGGCCGCGUUUCCCGACAUGGGGCCUCCAUACGCCCCAUCACGACCAGUGGCCCGAACAAGCAGCUCGCCUGACCCUGGUAUUGUCGAGGACCAGUUAGUCGCCGGCAUGACCGCGUUGCAGAGCCACGACGGUGACUGCAAACGAGCUUACCUCCCUAGCCACUGGAGCGGCUGCCUCGGGGCCCCGCCAGGCACUGACGAGUUUGAGCACUACGCGCUGCACAGCUCUCCGGCCUUGAGCAGCCUGAGUUGUCCAGAGAGCUCGGCUAAGUCCUCGCCGCGCAGCUGGGACUCGCCAGAGCAACUCGGGCCGACGCCCUGGGAGGCGGCCACAGAACAGCUCCAAAACCGCUACCACGGACUGGACCCGCAACUCUCGGGCGUUUCCUACGUCGCCACCAGUCACAGCACCGAAGUGCCAACAUCAUACCCUACCGAUGCGGCGCCCUUCGUCCCAACACAGGAUUUCCACCAUCCGGAAACCGGCUCGCAGCAUGUCCGCAGCCAGACUGAGCCGUACCCGGCAGGCUAUCGUGCCCCUCCCCGAGACGGGUACCCCACGCCGCCUGAAAGCGGCCCGCCAUUAUCGACCUGCACCGCGGCGGGAGACUCGCCGAGUCCUACAGACGAGCAGCGGAGCAGCCAGGGUUCCAAGCAGCAACCAGAUCCGAACGCCGGGCGGACCAGCGUUCCCAGCGGCGGCGCUGACGACUCUGACAAGGACGAGUCGUACGCCCAGCUGAUCUACCGCGCGUUCAUGAGCCACCCCCGGCGGGCCAUGACCCUGCAGGAGAUCUACCAGUGGUUCCGCGAGAACACCGACAAAGGCAAGGACGACAGUAAGGGCUGGCAGAACAGCGUCCGCCACAACCUGAGCAUGAAUGGGGUACGUCCUGCUCUGCGGUUUACCGGCCGCCAGUUAAGCGCUAACAGAGGCUCGUCCAGGCCUUUACCAGACGCGACCGCAGACCCAGCAACGCCAAGGACGGCGACGCUGAGGGCGGCAACGGCAACGGUAGUGGCCAAGACGGCAAGAAGUCCUCCGAGUGGUACCUUGAGCCAUGGGCCUGCGCCUCGGGCGUGCAGAGCACGACCCGGUAUCGCGGCAAGUCCAACCAGCGCCGCUGCGCAACCAGCCACGGCAUCUCCGCCCGCGUCUACCGGGGCUACUCGGCGCAUCGCCACAGCUACUCAUCCUCGGGCCGCAAGGGCGCCGCCAACAACAACAACAGCAGCAGCAUGUUCACCGCUGGCCGCGUCCUGCGCACCAGCACGCGCCAGGGCGUGGCCACGGCACUGCGCAGCAACGCGAACGCCAUCAACCUCGCCGCGGCCGCCGCCAACCACGCCCUCCCGGCCUACCCCUUCCCCGCCGCCGCGCGCGCAGCAUUCAUCUACCCAAACACCUCCACCCCGUUCUACCACUCGCCCUCCACCACCUCCGCCGCCACAAUAACACUAGACUACGAGCACCAUCCCCACAACCAGCAGCAGCAGCAGCCCUACGAAUACCCCUACGAAUACACCUACCCUUCCCCCUCCCCGCAACUCUACCACGCCGCCACCCCCUCCCCGUCCCCCGCUUCCGCCUCGACCGCGACCGCGACCGCGACA